AGAGUGUUACUACAGAAGAAGUUCGCACCGAACCGCCGCUGCUGCGGCUCUUGCUGCACCUAUGCGUGUCCACAUAAAUAAAUAGCCGCGGCCGAUUAUGCCGAGUUAAAGAGCUCCUAACUUGCCCUGUCCAAUGAUGGCACUCGAUGUUCUACCCGUGGAGGAAUUCCCGCGUAAAGUGAUACCCAGAGGUGACCCCUGUAUGUGUAACGCCAAGUGCCGGAAUCGAAGCAGCAGCAGCAGCAGCGUCGUCUUCCUGGGAUUAUUCAUGCUGUCACUCUCGCUCCACGCUGUCACUCUGGUUUUCUACUUGGACCUGCGUUCCGAAGUCAAAAGGGAACUAAUCCACCAGAAGCGGGACUCCAUGUUGACACUUGUGGGGAGUGACUUGGCCAAUCCGGAGUCUGCGGCUCUACCGCCCGGCCCCCUGCGGCUCGACCCCGGCAGCAGCCGCGGCACAGAUGAGGAGAGCUCACUGCGUCGAAAUAGAGACAUCCUUGCCACAGAAGAUAACAGGGGCAUAACUCAGAGGGCAAAAAGAAGUCCCGGCAAGCAGCCAGAAAUAGAAUCGACAGGAAAAGAAAAAAGAAAAGAAAGGAAAAAAGGAAAGAAACGAAUAAUACCAGGUCCCCCUGGUCCUCCAGGUCCCCCGGGCCCUCAGGGGCCACCGGGCAUCCCCGGAAUCCCUGGAAUCCCAGGAAGCAAUGCCGUGGGUCCCGCAGGACCGCCCGGCCCCCCUGGGCCGCAGGGGCCUCCAGGCGUUCAAGGACCAGCAGGGGUUCCCGAUAGGACCAAAACAAAAGAAUUCCAGCCUGCAGUGGUCCAUUUGCAAGGGCAGGAAACAACCAUCCAAGUGAGAGAAGAUCUUUCUGAAGGCAUCCUCAGGAACUGGAAGAUGGUGUCCAUCCAUCACCGUGUGUUUAAAAUGCACUCUCGCUCAGGGGAGCUUGAAGUGCUUUUGGAUGGUGUCUACUUCAUAUAUAGUCAGGUAGAAGUGUAUUACCUCAACUUCACAGACAUUGCCAGCUACGAGGUGAUGGUGGAUUCCAACCCUUUCCUCCGCUGCACCUGCAGCAUCGAGACAGGCCAGCGCAAGUUCAACACCUGCUACACAGCUGGCGUGAGCCUGCUGCGUGCAGGCCAGAGGAUCUCCAUUCGUAUAGUCUACGAGGACACGCUCAUCAGUAUGACCAACCACACCACUUUCCUGGGAAGCGUGAGACUCGGCGAGGCUCCAUCUGCUGGACAGAAUUGAUCGCUACACAAGUCAUGCCCCUCUCAUGCUGACAUGGAUUUGCUGAAAUUAUAAGCUCUGUCUCGAGGCUUCCAGCGUUGAUCCCCCGCGGGAUCCUGCUAUGACGGCAAUGAAACCCUAUGCAGUGGCUCUGUCGUGAGAAGAACAAUAUGGACUCUAAUGCUUGUGAUUCCACUGAGAAGAAGUGCUCUUGACCUUGAUGAGCUGAAUGUCUGUUUGCUCAUCAAGCACAUGUCACUAUUUAAAGUCACCAGCAUCUCUCCAACAGGAAAGGAGAUACCUUACACAAAGUUACGUCAUAUUAACAGUUCACCCAGUGAAAAAAGUCAUUCCAAAUUGUGGUAUUUGCAUUUUCUUAGACUUAAUGUAACUUUAUAAAUAACUACAGUUGUGUGGUUUUCAUAAAAGCCUCUAGAGUUACAAAAAUUGUUGAGAAAAUCCAUCCAACUGGAGUUCUAAGAGCAACAGCACUAUAUAUUUUGCACACAUUUUGCACUACGGCAUCCCUGCAGAAUAUCAGUGAUAUGUUUUGUGACAGUGCUAUUGUCUAUUUACCGUAUGAAUGCAUACAUGUGGAAUAAUGAUUGUUAUGUCUGUGUACAUAUUGUAUAUAAAAUGGGAUAUACUU